AUGGCCGAGUUCUUUUCACCAGCCGAGAUAUACCCACCCUUCGGCCUGUCAGACCAUAACACUGUUCUCGUGAGACCAAAGGAAAGAGAAAUAGGCCAGUCUUCAAGAAAAUUCGUUACAGUUAGAGAUACGAGAGCAAGCAACAAGGCCGCACUUGGGCGAUAUUUAAGUAGCAUAGCCUGGGCGUCAACUAUUAAUAGUAAAGACAACUGUACUGGAAAGUUAGAUACGUUAACUGACCUAAUAAAAAUUGGUCUGAAUCAUAUCAUGCCAGAGAAAGUGAUCAAAGUCCACACCAAUGAUGCCCCAUGGAUGUCCACUAAGCUAAAAGAUCUAAUACGUAUGAGACAAGUAGCCUUCUACUCUAACAAUAAUAGCAUUCAAUUCAAGUUUUACCGCAACGCCGUCAACAGAGAAAGGAAAUUGUGCAAAGCUAAAUAUUAUGCCUCAAAAGUCCAAGAUUUGAAAGGGGCCAAUCCCCGUCAGUGGUGGAAAGAAGUUAAAAAAAUAAGUGGAUCCGUAAAUAGCAUCCAAUUGAUGAGCAGUCUUAAUGUCCCUGGAUAUGAUAAUUUGUCCCACAAGGAAAUAGCCGAUGCUAUUAAUGCCUCCCUUCUUGAACCUCUGCAGGAGUACAACCCCCUCGAUCCUAGUACUGUCAACUUGCCAGGGGAAGAACUAG